UGUUCCACUCAUUGGAUGACAACAUGAGACUUAUGAUUUUGAAUGUUGACUGUAAUUGGCUAGGGAGGGGGAUAUGAAGUGUUCUUAGUAUAGUGUGGCAUGCAAUGCAUUAAUUUGAUCACAUUUUUUGUUGUAUUCAAGCUUGAAGUGCUUUUCAUCAAAAUAGCUUUUGACAGUCCUUUUUUUUAAAGAUCACAAGUCUAAACUUCUACAUGUUGGCAGGUGUAAGGUUUAAGUUAAGGUUAAAUAACAAUGGAAAUAAUGCCUUUGAAGUGAUAAGUGCUACAGAGAAAUGUAAAAGUAGAGUGUCAAAUUAUUUUUUACGAAGAGUACAUGAGUAAAGUAAUAAGACCCCAACACUGAUUGUUUGAGGGAGCUCCUGUCUAUCAAUACAAACUGACAUUAUAACUGAGAAAGUUACACAUAAGCCAAGAUGGUGUUAUAAUUUCCAGAGGAGAAUGUUUUUUUAAAAACUUUAAUUUGGGCCUAGCUUUUACACAUUUAUUAAUCGUGUUCAGUUGAUAGUUAUAUAAAUGCUGUUUAAAUGGCUUUACCAUGCAAGUAUUGUAGAUAAUGCUUCAGGCAGCAUAUUUGAUGGGAAGACUGGCUUCCCAUCAAAUAUUAUUGCCUUGCUCCUCUUCUGACCAGUUAAUAAGCAAGUAAGGUUUAUUUAUGUAGCACUUUCCAAGAACAAACUCCACAAUAAAGUACUUUACAAAGUGGUAAAAACCUGGUGGUCACAACAAAAGCACAGUCACCAGUACUUACAUUGCUCAGCACUGUUGGAUAAGAAUAUGGCUAAGACAGAAGGAAUGUAACUUAGUACGUUUACUCAAGUACUUUACUGAAAAACAGUACUUCAUUUACGUAUUUCUGUGUUGUGCUACGUUCUGCCUCUGCUCCGCUAUAUGGAUGCAGAUGUCGUGCUUUGUACUCCAUGCCGUACAUUUUUAAAUUGUAGAUUCGAUAGUUUAUAGACAGAUCAUUUCUUCCCUGUUCAUGGUUUCGGUGUGCCAACCCAGUGAAAACAUCUUGGACACAGCCCUGACCCCGACCUGUGUAUCAUAGCAACAGGUUCAAACAAAAGGGGAAAAGAUGGCGGCGCGGAGGGAAGAAGACGCAGCUGUUUAUCUGGAGAAACACAAACUCAUCGAGCUUAUGGACAACCUGACUAGCAUGCUCUUCUUUUACAGACCCGAGAAACCCAGAGAGUUUCUUAUUGAAAAACUGGAGCAGCUAAAGCUGUCUCAACAGAGUGGUGUGAUUGGGCCAAAUCUGUUCGAUGACUCUAACCUGGAUGUAGUCUUUAGGAUUAUGGACCCUGAUAAUAAACAAUACAUCACUUUUGUCCAGUACAAACAAGCUUUGACAAUGAUGGGCAUAAAAGACAUCAAUGAAUGUCCCGAUGGUGUAAAUGAAGAUCGGAUAUCCCAUGAGACGUUCAAAACAGAAGCGACACAAGGUCUGGAGAGGUGCUCAGCAACUUAUGUACAGCUGUGAAGUGUUGAAGCUACUGCCCAGCCCAGCUUUGAACUGUUUAGUUUGAAAUGUUAAAAUGUGUAUCUUUAUCUACCAAUAAAUUCAAACCAAAAAAGG